GGACUUCUUGUCCGUCUAACAAUAAAUGCCACAAGCGAGCUUUCGCCAAGGAUUUCUUUCAGAUAUUAUUAUUAUUAAAAUUGAUAUAAUUUUCUAUAUUAAUUAUAAUAAAUUUGCUACUAAAGCAUUACGAAACUAUUUGCUCGCAUUGGUAUUCUGCUGUUUAACUUAUUAUUGUUCUUCAAUUUACAUACUAAUAAGUUCUUAAUAAUAGAGAAAUAAAAUGUACUGUGAUAUAAAUUUUUCUAAAUAAUGCGAUAAAAAGAGCUUAAUCAGACAGUAAGAGAGAUUUCGCGCGUUUCUUUUUUACGAUAUAUAUAUAAAAUAUAUAUUAUAGAAUAUUUGACAUAUUUUACACAGUUAUUCACACACGAGAUAUUUAAUCGUACAAGAUAUUUAAUCUGUCUCAUAUUAAGAUCAUAUAAAAGUCAUUCAAUUUUGUAACGUCAGAUAAUAAUAAAUACAUAUCAAAAUUUUCUUCGAGAUAAAACUGAUAUAAUGCUAUUAUCUAAACCGCUUUUAUUUUGAUAAAAUUCCUUCAACUGCUACUAUAAUCAUUUAGCGUUCGUACGCAGAAAUAAUCCUUGCCUUGUACUAAUAUCUGUGAAAAUGAAGAAGGUAUAUCUUGCUGCCAUGGCAGGUAAUCUGGGCAUGCUGUCACUCGGUCAAUUUUUGGGUUGGACAUCGCCAUCCUUGCCUAAACUGAUGGAAGGUAAUGAUGCCAAGUCCAUUCAUUUGACUACGAAAGAAGCCUCAUGGGUGGCAUCCUUACUUAUGAUCGGUGCAGCUGGAGGUUCUAUUCUUUGUGGAUUUAUGGUGAAUGUCAUUGGUAGAAAAAAUACCAUGUUAUUUACGGCCGUGCCUUCGAUAAUCAGCUGGUUGAUGAUAGCUUUUGCAACGUCACCGUGGGAGCUAUACGUAUCAAGGUUUAUAUCCGGACUGGGUAUGGGCAUUGGUUAUUCAGCAACACCGAUAUAUUUGGGUGAAAUUUCACCAGCAGAUAUUCGCGGUAAUUUGACAUCCAUGUUAACAGUGGCUGUGAAACUUGGCAUUUUAAUGGAGUACGUGAUAGGUCCGUUUGUAUCGGUGCAAAACCUCGCCCUCGUAUCUUUGAUGGGUCCGUGCUUGUUUGUGGUUGCAUUCAUCUGGCUACCAGAAACGCCGUACCAUCUUUUGCGCCACAAUAACAGGCAAAAAGCUAUAAAUUCGCUUGUUCAAUUGAGAGGCAAAGAGAAUAUUUACGAAGAAAUAGACAAUAUCGAACGGUCCGUGAAAGCUGAUUUGGCUAAUAAAACUGGUUUUCGAGAACUUUUAUUUGUGCCGGGAAAUCGUAGGGCUGUAAUAAUAUUGGUAUGCUUAGGCGGCAUUCAGCAAAUGAGCGGUUCUCAGGUCGCCGUACAGUAUGCUCAAAUAGUCCUGGACCAAGCUAAGACUAAUCUGGAAGGCAAAUACUUAACUAUGAUAUUGGGCGCCAUACAAGUGAUUUUUACAAUCAUCUGUAUGUUUCUUAUCGAUCACAGCGGCAGAAAGUCGUUGUUAAUGAUCUCGGCCGUUGGUGCAGCGUUUUCGAAUGCUAUAGUCGCGACGUAUUUCAAUCUGCAAUAUGAUCAUAUAGAUACCAGCGAUAUAAUUUGGUUGCCCGCUGUUGGUGUGAUUAUGUAUAUAAUCAUGUAUUGUUCGGGUUUGGCUUCGAUACCCUUCACCAUAGCUAGCGAAUUAUUUCCCACAAAUGUAAAGGCUCUCGGCAAUACCACUUUUUUAGGAACGACUAAUAUAUGGGCCUUUUCUGUGUUAGAAUUAUUUCUGAUCAUAGCCGAAAAUAGCGGUGCACACGUACCGUUCUGGAUAUUCACCGCAUGCAGUCUCAUGGGUGCUUUAUUCGUGUUUUUCUACAUACCUGAAACUAAAGGUAAAACUUUGGAACAGAUACAAAAGGAAUUGCACGGCUCGUCGACGUACUGAGAUUCGAGAAUAAGAUAGUUACAUGUUGAUCUUCUUUCGACGAAUUCGUGAAUUGUUUAGAAUUGAAGAAAAGUUAUUUUUGAAGUUGGGCUCGUAGUUACUUCUGCAAUUAUUUUGCUUCAAAUGAUCUGUAUUGUAAUAGGUUGUAGCAGAUUCUAUUGCUUUGGCUUUAGAAAACUUGAAAAUAAAUGUAAAUAUGUUUCAUAAAAAUAAUGACUAUAAU